CGCCUCUUUGCUUUAACUUUCUCUCUCUAACCAGCGCCUCCCUCACUCUUUCUCUCAGAUAAACCCUUUUCGUCCUCCCUUCCCGGUCUCCUCUCUGUUGAAAUUCUUUCCUCCUGCUAGUGCGAAGUGCAGCUCCAGAUCUUAAUUUGGUGAGAAUCGGCGAGUUCUGUUGCUGAGGAUCUAUCAUUUAGGGUUUUAAGAGUGGCAAACUCUGAGGGGGUUUUGUGAGGGUUUCUAGAGAUCUUCUAGACGGAGGAUCUCUCUGGGUUAUGUUUAAGUGCUAUAUGAACAGGAAAUCAACAUACAAUGCCUCCAAGUAGGAAAAAAAGUGUCAACAAGCAAUUUCCGAUAGAAGUCUCUCCUCAGAAAAAGGCCAGGAACUGGGGGGAAAAUGUGGAGCAAGUGACUGCAGUGAAGAGGAAGUCUGCCUAUAAGUUGGGGCCACCCUGGCAUGAAACUGAGAUACAGAAGUUCUACAAAGCAUAUCGCAAGCAUGGGAAGGACUGGGAAAGGGUCACUGCUGAAGUUAGCACUCGAUCUUUGGAAAUGGUAGAAGCCCUUUACAAGUUGCAUCGGGCCUACCUAUCACUUCCUGAAGGAACAGCUUCCGUGCAUGGCCUUAUAGCAAUGGUGUCUGAUCAUUACAGUGUUCUUCAGGCAUCAAGUGACAGUGAAAGAGAAGACAAUAGCGUCCCACAGGUGCCCCACAAAUCUCUCAAACGAAAGAGAGUGAAAGUUCCGCUUAGUGAGCAAACAGAGCUGCCUGUUUCAACAACAGCAGAUGGAUGCAUGUCUCUUUUGAAGAGAGUACGUUUACUUGGUGGUCAGCCUCGUGCAGUUGGGAAAAGGACGCCUCGUUUCCCUGUUUCAUACAACAAAGACAAUGCGAUAAAUUAUGCUUUUCAGAGAAACAGGAAGUUAAAUGCUGUUUCCAGGGAAGAAGAGGUAGCACAUGUUGCUGCCUUGGUAUUAACUGAGACAUCACGCAGAGGAGGCUCUCAAGUUUCCCAGACAUCCCGUGGCAGAAUUGAGCAGGACACUUUGUCACUUGUUAAAAGUAAAGAUAAGAAGGCAGAGUCAGCUGUAGAAAAACUUUACGAUGUUUCCAUACAUGAUGGUCGGAUACAAGGGGCUGGAAGUAAGGUUAUCAGGAAUGUCGAGUAUGAUGGAGGUGUAGGCUUGGUGGAAAGAAAGGAAAAGAAGAUUCGUGGAAAGAAAAUGAAAGUUGGAGUGACUGACCGUCUUAAGGGUGAUGGUGCACAAGCUUCUGGUGGCACUGAAGAGGGUAAAAAAAUGAGUGGUUUGAGCAGAAAAGUUGAUACAAAGGUUUCAAAUGGAAAGCUUAAGGUGACUUCUCCUCAAGGCGAAAAGAGGAAAAGCAAGAAAUAUUUUUCUGGAGGUAAGGUAGAAGCCGUACAAAAGUUCAGUGGCUGAUUGUCACAUUAUGGUGGUGCUUACUUGAAAGUACUGUAUGAUUAUGUAUUUAUGUGUGUUACGUUAUUAAUUCAUUAAAUGUUCUUGAAGAAUUCUGUUUUUUCACAGUUUGGCUAUGGCAUAGCAACUCGGACAAUAUCUGUUUUUAACCACACUUUUCUCAUUGUCAGACGAAUUUUCUGCUCUGGAUGCUUUGCAGACAUUGGCUAAUCUCUCUGUGAUGGAAUCUGAGUCUUCUGCCCAACUGAACGAAGAAACAAGUACAGUUGAUUUGGAGAGCAAAUCUGUCACCAUAAUAGAGACAUAACUGAAGGCUCAUCCAUGAAUGAUAAAGUACGUGAUACAGUCAUUGGAGUUGAAGCUACCACCUCAAGGAAGUCAAAGUCCAGAAGAGUUGCAGAAACUGAUGGUAGACAUGCUUCUGAAGCCCAGCAGCCAAAUGAUUCCAUGAAUGAUAAUAGCCUAAAAAGGAGACGUCCAUCUGUGGUGUCAAGAUCUCAGGCACCGAGUGUUGAAGCCAACACAAAUCCUCCUCUUAGUGAUUUAGUGAAGACUAACGACUUGCCUGGAAAAGAGAUAUUGCCUGUUAAAGGGAAACAAACCAGUGAAGUGUCUGAUCCUUCCAGACAACUGAAAAGAUCAGGUUCAGAUUACAACAGUGAUCCGACAAGUGAACCAAGUGGUCCAUCAGUGGCAGCUGAACAUUGUGUAAACACUCAAGCUAGUUUACCAAUGCCAUCAAGAAAAACUAGACGCAAGAGAUUCCCUUAUAAUAUAGUGGGUGAGAAGAGUAAAGCUAUUGCCUGCUCCUUGCCAUUGCAAGGGGGAGCAUCUCAUUCAAAGGAAGACAUUUCUUCUUGUCUUUCUUCUCCCCUUAUUCGUAGAUGGUGUACAUUCGAAUGGUUCUACAGUGCCAUCGACUACCCUUGGUUCACCAAACGAGAGUUUGUCGAAUACUUGAAUCAUGUUGGGCUUUGCCACAUUCCUACUCUAACACGUGUCGAAUGGGGUGUCAUAAGAAGUUCCCUUGGAAAACCUCGGAGGUUUUCUGAGCACUUUCUCCGUGAAGAAAGGAGCAAACUUCAACAAUACCGCGAGUCUGUGAGGAAACAUUAUAGUGAGCUCCGUGCCGGUGUCAGGAAUGGACUUCCAACAGAUCUAGCAAAACCCUUGUGGGUUGGACAAGAUGUAAUCGCUGUCCAUCCACGAACAAGGGAAGUCCACAAUGGAAGAGUGCUAACAGUUGAUCAUGAAGAAUGCAGGGUUCAGUUUUACAAUUCUAAGAUUGGAGUUGAAGUUAUCCAGGAUGUGGACUGCAUGCCAUUCCACUCAAUGGACAACAUGCCAGAGGCUCUCAAGAGGCAGAAGUACUUCGAUGCUAUGAAGCUUAACUCAGUUGGGCCAGUGGAGAGUGUGCCGACUCCAAUGAAUACCAGAAUAAAGCAAGCUCAGGCUACAGAAAAUACUACUUCACAACUGAAGGCCUUAGGUAUUCAAGCUUCCGAUGCCCAAAAUGUUCCUCUUGGUCAAUUUUCGGCGACUUCAGCUCUUGAUCCGACUCAUUCACUCAAUAGAAAGCAAGGAAACCAGAUGCACCUCCCUUGGCUGACUUCCUCGGCCAAUUCCAAUUCUUAUCACAAUUCGUUUGCUUCCCAAGAUACGGGAUCUGCUGCAGCAGCUGAAAUCAUCAACAGCUCAAGACAAAGAGCUCACAAGAUGCUCGAUGCUGCUCUUCAGGCCUUCUCCUCGAAGAGAGAAGGGGAGGAUGUUUUUGCUACGAUCAGGGAGGCUUUAAAUAAAAUGGACAUCAGCAGGCGAGGAGGUACAUUGUCGAUUCAGACAUCUUCAGAGUCCAUAGUGAACCUCUCCUCCUCCCUAGUCUCAUCCCCAUCGGAGCUCAUGACUUCAUGUGUCGCCACUUUGCUCAUGAUCAAGAUGUGUACCGAACGACAGUACCCUCCUGCAGAUGUGGCUCAGAUAAUAGAUUCCGCAGUCACCAACUUGCAGCCCUGUUGUUCGCAGAACCUACCGAUAUACCGAGAGAUACAGACGUGCAUGGGAAGAAUCAAGACGCAAAUAUUAGCUCUGGUACCAACAUGAACGCAAGACGGUCAUCAUGCUCACUAUACAUGUCUAUUGCUGUAUCUGCUUCGAUGUGCUGCUCUGCCAUUGUAGAUAUACGAUGGGGCGGAGUUUCUUCAGUUUAGGUAGGAAAUCUCAUAUAACUAGAUAGUCAUAGUAGUCAAGCUUUUGGAUCUUCCCUUAUCUGCGGCUAGUUUUAGAAGCUGGAAUUUGCUCUAUCGGGCUCAAAAGAGCAAAUUAAAAGCUCUUGUGAAAUGGAGCGAUCUCUUGGUUUUCUUACAUAACAACGUGAUUAUGUUUUAGCUGUCUAUUCUAUUAUGAGGGGGGAAUUUCGUCAUUUAAUCUAACUAUUUAAUGACCGUGCUCCAUUUUAUCCACUUGUGAAAGUUGAAUAAAUUUUGGUUGGAUUUGGUGU